CAGGCUGUUAAACUUUCAGUCAAUCGUGUGAGACGGACCAGAGACGGACGUGUGUGGAUUGCUGACAUGUUCGAGAGCUUGGAUUUUAACCACUUAGGCUGGCGGAUGUUAUCAAAACGACUCGGAUCAUAUUAGAUUUUUUUUUAAAUCUCGAAAUCGUUGGACGCAAUCAGUUCCACAUAUUCCUCGACAGAUCCAUUCAUGUUUUUCACCCACAGCGAGAGCAACAUGAGGGUCUUCCUGGGAGUGUUAAUGGCUUUAAUUGUCAAAGGUGACGAACGUGUUGAUGGCAUCUUAGGAGGCAGUGUCCUUCUGCGUUGCAACUGCUCAGAGAGAGAUACGGCCAAGCAGUUUAAAUGGCAGAUGGGAGAAGAAAAGCUUGUGUUCCGCUACAAUGGGACAACUUCAAGCUUCAAUGGCACAUACAAGGGCAGGAGCAAAAUAUUUCUGUCUGAGAACAGGGAAAACUGCUCUCUUCUCCUCACCAACAUCACAGCUGAUGACAAAGGGCAAUACAUAUGCAUUUUUCACGAUGAGGCAUAUCAGAGAUCGGAAGUAAAUCUAAUCAUUUCUGGUGAGUCAUUCACUCCUGAGCCUGUGAUAGCUCCCACCAGUGAAACACCAACGAGACACCGAUACUUAAAAUUCUUUCCCAUCAUGAUGGUUCUUGCACUUUCCCUCUUCUUUUGGAGCCGUUGGAACAAUUCACGACGUUUACUGAGGAGGCGAGAAGUGGAGUUGGACGCGUGAAAAUGGGGAAGCACUUUCAACCGACCUAUGGUUAGUCAUGAUUGUGAUGUCAUGUCCACGCACUGACUGUUUCAGGGCAAGUUACAUUCUGCAUUCAUGCUUCCCAGGAAAUCACAUGAAACUUCAGCCAGAAUAACUACAUUCUUUGGAAAAUUGCCAUUCGGUCUGAUGAUCAUUAAGCCCAUGGGAAAAGUGGAAUUUUUUUUCCAGUGUAGCCAGCAAUAACAGAUAAUAGAUUCCCUCCGCCCACCAGUCAUUGUUUACAGUCUCAGUCCUAUUUUUUCUGCAAAUGAAUGCAUAUUAAUUAAAAAAAAUGCUAAUAAAAAGAUGAAUUGUCUUCAGACAAUAACCGAUAGGUGGUGAGAUUGCAUAUCUGUCAAUGCAUUCUGCCUCUUUUGAACUCCGCACAGACUUUUUACCUGCAUGAGGCUGAAGCCACUCAAUAGUGACUGAUCAAUACUACUCUGACAACAAAAAGAAACCAAAACACUUCCAGUACCAAUAUCCUGUCCUGUCUGCUUAAAAAAUAUGCAUUCAUGUGCAGAUAUGUGUUUAUAGAGAUUAAUAAAAACUAUUUUCUGAAUGCAGAAAAAGCACUGAUUCACAUAUACUCCUGUUCACUUGCAUCCUUCCUUACAGAAAUAAAGAAUAAAUCUGAGCCAUGUAAUGAUUUAACGCACCUUGGUGGUUAGGUAUAUUUACACUGUAGGUGCUAUACUUUACUGACUCUGUAUUCCCAUGAAGUUGAGAUUUGUAUAGCACAAUACUAGCAAGAUGCGUUGUUAAUUUCCAUUGUAACACUAUUUGCUUGUUAGGGUCCUUGACUGACCCCUUUAUUACAUUUGGAUGUGUUCAAAUGUGGCCUUUUCUUCUGUAACUGCCUUUGUGAUUUACUGACUACACUGAAUGUUGUUGCUUUGCCUGUUUCCUCUUAUGUUUCUAAAUAAACAGGUUUAAGUCACUGUAUGAAAACAUCAAGGUUUGGAGAGAACUGGUGGUAUUUCGGAGACACCAAAAAGUACAAAAAUGAAUGCCUGCAAAUGUUCCAUAACUGGACAACCAAACAGCCAGAGACUUUUCAUCUUUUCCAGUCUGAAAGAUGUUAAACUUUGGAAACAUAUUGCUGGUCGAUAUGGACAUUUUAUGGGUUUGGACAGCAGCCUUGCCUCUGUAGCUGCAAACAUGAGCACGGACAAUCGGAGACAAGCUGGAAGAAGUGCAACAAUAUGUGUAACCCUGUUUUUAAAGGUCAACAAAUGGUUAAAAUGAAACCUUCUCUGAAAAUGCUUUGCUGGGACAGAAAAACGCAACAACCCUUUAAUUUACAUACCACAUUAUAGCCCUUGUGUGUUUUUGUACCAUUGUUUUUUUCCCCUACAUCCUUUUGUAUCUUGUCACUUUCUUUUUGUAUGUUGAUGUGAGCUUAACAACAAGACGCUGCAAAAUAUUAGUUGCCACACUAUGUUCUUGGCCUCUGGGUGAGUCCUUAUUGAAACGAUUAGCAGCAUGUCGAAACACGAUUAAUGGAGCUGCAGCAAAUAAACAAUUCUGACAAAUUUUUUGCUUUGCUUGAGGAUAAGUGUCAACACUUGCACACUGUAAAAACAAAAUGGGUUGGCAGGAGAUGACUGAUUGAGAUGUAGAUAGUGAAUGAUAAUACAAUGCAUCAAUGACAUUUUAAUAUAUUCCAACUUACCUGCCUGAAAGAUAAGUUCAUGACCCAGAAUUCAGCAUAACAAAAUAAUAAAUGAAAUAAUGGA